CGCGUGGCUUUGGCCUGGGCCGCCCUCUUGUACUCCGGGCGCGGCGCCGGCCUCCUGGCCACCCGGCCCUCGCGCUUUCAAGCUCCUGUGCUAAGCAUAUAUCCCAGUAUCUCAUGAAUGCUAACCAAGUGCUGUACCACUGAGUCACGUCCCCAGCCCUAAAGGAAAUGUUUUACUUUUUUUCUUGGCAGUACUGAGGACUGAAUCUAGGACUUUUGCACUAAGGUUCUCUUAAAUGUUUUCUUGGAGCCUCAAAGAUGGACAUGACUGACACAUCCCUGAAACGUGGGUACCUUGUGGUUGAAGAUAAUGACUGUGUGGGCCCAGCUGAGAAGGUAAAAAAGCAGAAGGUCUCAGAGUGCUGUCUGCCCAAAGAGGGAGAUGGGCUGGAUGGUGACUGUCUGCCCGGCAGUGGAACAGAGCCCCAGCCACCAGAAGUCACCAGUGCUGGGAAAGGACAAAGGGAUCCGGGUGCCCAGCUGGAGGAAGAGGAAGAGGAAGAUGGCUUUUCAGAGGAGGAAGAGGAAGCAGAGAGCUUUGCAGAGAUGAUGAAGCACGGGCUGACCGAGGUUGACGUGGGCAUCACCAAGUUUGUAAGUUCUCAUCAAGGAUUCUCAGGGAUCUUGAAGGAAAGAUAUUCUGACUUCGUUGUUCACGAAAUAGGAAAAGAUGGGCGGAUCAGCCAUUUGGAUGAUUUGUCUGUUCCAGUGGAUGAGGAGGAUCCUUCAGAAGAUGUAUUUACAGUUUUGACAACUGAAGAAAAGCAGCAGUUGGAGGAGCUCCAGCUUUUUAAAAAUAAGGAAACCAGCAUUGCCAUUGAGGUUAUCGAGGACACCAAAGAAAAAAGAACCAUCAUCCAUCAAGCCAUAAAAUCUCUAUUUCCUGGACUAGAGACAAAAACGGAGGACCGGGAAGGGAGGAGAUACAUUGUAGCCUACCACGCAGCUGGGAAGAAGGCCUUGGCAAAUCCAAGGAAACAUUCUUGGCCAAAAUCUAGGGGAAGUUACUGCCACUUCCUUCUAUAUAAGGAAAACAAAGACACCAUGGAUGCUAUUAAUGUACUGUCUAAAUAUUUAAGAGUCAAGCCAAACAUAUUCUCCUACAUGGGAACCAAAGACAAAAGGGCUAUAACAGUUCAAGAGAUUGCUGUUCUCAAAAUAUCUGCACAGAGACUUGCCCAUCUGAAUAAGUGCUUGAUGAACUUUAAGCUAGGAAAUUUCAGCUAUCAGAAAAACCCUCUGAAACUGGGAGAACUCCAAGGAAAUCACUUUACUGUAGUUCUCAGAAAUAUAACAGGAACUGAUGACCAAGUCCAACAAGCUAUGAACUCUCUAAAGGACAUAGGAUUUAUUAACUACUAUGGAAUGCAAAGAUUUGGAACGACGGCUGUCCCUACUUACCAAGUCGGAAGGGUCUCACUAUGCAGUGCUGGUUGGCCUUCAGCUUACUGUGUAUUCCAGACUAGCCUUGAAGUCAAAGCGAUCCUCCUGCCUCAGCCCCGCCAAAUGCUAGGAUUACAGGCAGCUAUUCUUCAAAAUUCCUGGACGGAAGUUAUGGAUUUAAUACUAAAACCCCGUUCAGGAGCCGAAAAAGGGUACUUGGUUAAAUGCAGGGAAGAAUGGGCGAAGACCAAAGACCCAGCUGCUGCCCUCAAAAAACUGCCUGUCAAAAGGUGUGUGGAGGGGCAGCUGCUUCGAGGACUUUCAAAAUAUGGAAUGAAGAAUAUAGUCUCUGCAUUUGGCAUAAUACCAAGAAAUAAUCGCUUAAUGUAUAUCCAUAGCUAUCAAAGCUAUGUGUGGAAUAACAUGGUGAGCAAGAGGAUAGAAGACUAUGGGCUGAAACCUGUUGCAGGGGAUCUGGUUCUUAAAGGAGCCACAGCCACCUAUAUUGAGGAAGAAGAUGUUAAUAAUUACUCCAUUCAUGAUGUGGUGAUGCCCUUGCCUGGUUUUGACGUGAUCUACCCAAAGCAUAAAAUUAGUGAAGCCUACAGAGAAAUGCUGACUGCAGACAAUCUUGAUAUUGACAACAUGAGACACAAAAUUCGAGACUAUUCCUUAUCAGGGGCCUACCGAAAGAUCAUUAUUCGUCCUCAGAAUGUCAGCUGGGAAGUCGUUGCUUAUGAUGACCCUAAAAUUCCACUUUUCAACACUGACGUGGACAACCUAGAAGGGAAACCACCUCCAGUUUUUGCUUCUGAAGGCAAAUACAGGGCUCUGAAAAUGGAUUUUUCGCUUCCUCCUUCUACUUACGCUACCAUGGCCAUUCGAGAAGUGCUAAAAAUGGACACCAGUAUCAAGAACCAGACACAGCUGAACACAACCUGGCUCCGCUGAGAAAUGUUUGCUUCACGUGCAGACGAGUAUUUGCUUCCUCUUAAGGCAUAGCAUCCAUGUAUGGAUUUGAAUCUUUAUAGUAAAGGAUUAUUUGUAUUUUUUUAAGUCUUUUUAGCUUAAGGAAAUAAUUUGCAAUGUUUGUAGAUACGCACAAAUCCUGAGGAUCCUAAUUUUAGCUCAGAGAAUAUAAAUUGGUCAGAAUGUACUUUAGGUGCUUAAAUCAUAGUCAAGAUAUCAGUUUUACAGACUUUAUAAUACUAAAAAAGGACUUUGGUUUGAAAGUAUCAAAUAGCAAUUUUAGGUUGUACUGAAUAUUUGAAGGACAGGAAUUCUUAACACAUCAUGAAUGGAGUACACAGCAAGCAUUUUAAGAGAAAAUGCAACAAAAAAUCUUGAUUAUGGAUAAAUAAUUUUGAGAGUCCCCAGUUACAAAUAUAAAUAUAGUACUCAUGCUGAUUCAAAUGACAGUAAAAGGCGUAUAGGUUUAUAAUUACAAGUGAUUGUCAGCUGGGUGUGGUGGUACAUACCUACAACCCUAGCACUCUAGGAGACUGAGGCAAGAGGAUCACAAGUUCAAGCC